AUGUCACGCUCAAACUUUCAGCGCUCGCAAAGCAAAGUUUGGUUCGGUAACGAGCCCGACGGUGGAGGUGGUUCCUUCGGUGGCAUUAUUGGUGGCGCAUUUGCUGGCUUUCGACCGUACGGGGCGGCGACAGGAUCGUACCAAUACCACCACCAUGGGUUCGGUGGUGCGCCACUGCUUUCCUCGCGGACGGGCUACCCUUCCUUUCACGAUCUCGAAGAGGAGGACGAGCUGAUCGAGGAGGAGCAGCAACAGGAGGAGAAGCAGAAGAAACAGCAGCCGGCCCGGAACAACGACUGGGCCGAAGCGAACCGACAGGGAAGUCCAGCUAGUCACAAAAGUCAGGACUCUGGGUUUUCGGACACCGAAACCUCACCGAAUGCGGUCGGUGGCCACUCGAAGGGCAACGUCAGUAGUAAUUUAAGUAUCAACGAAAGUCAAAAUGCGUCCGGGGAGAAGCUUACACCAAAGAGAAGCGUCGACGAGGAGCUGCUGUUUCAGAGGUCACCUUCGUUGAACAGUGGCGCGCCGACACCUCCGACCGUCAUCCGGCGACCACUCCCCAAGCAGGAGACAGUGAACGCACCCCAGCAGACGGCGACCGGACGCCGGUUAUCGUUCACCGAACCAACGAGCCUAACGUCGUCCAUUGAUUCUGGUGGAAGUACAUCGCUGAAGCGUGGCCGUGUCAUCACGAAAAAUAGCCGCGUGAAGCGGAACCUCAACGAACAGCUGAGCCACUCGAGCGAGGAGAUGAUCUCAUUGGACGGAAGCGAACUGUCGGAGAUGCUGAACCAAACGAAUUGGAUCUUAAAGUCGAUGGCAGGAACAAGUGGGUCCGAUGCGAAUAAUAACCUCCAUCAGAAUGAAGCAUUUAAAAGGGAAGGACGAGAACUUCCGACGUAUGCCCAGCUCUAUCCAGCUGGAACUUCAACACCGAUCAAGCAUCAGUCGAAGCUAUACCGAUCGCUCCCCCUUUCUCCAUCACAUCGAACAGCUAGCCCUCGAGAACUGCAACACAUUAAACCCGCCAGUAGUCCUUCCGGAUCAACAACGACCGUGGUGGAAAACUUCUACGACGAACUGGAUCAUCUAAGGGACUCCACUACGGCCAGUGAGCAUGGCUUCAGCUACACCAUCUACGACAAUCCCUUACUAAACGGUCACACACCGGCCGUGCAGAGUUGGCUCGAUGGGCUGAGGUUCGCGUGUCAAAGCGAGGUUAUGUCGAUCCUGCAGACAAAGUCUAUCGCGGCGGAAGCGGGACGAACGACACGGAUGACUUCGGCCGUUGCGGUGAAGAUCAUUCGCCACCUCCAGACGAAGGUGACCACGUUGCAGGGAGCGUUCGAGCGGGUGGAAAAACUCUUCGCCGCCAUCAAACGUUAUCAGUCCCAACAGGACAACGACGAGGAUGACGAGGAGGAUGAGAAGGAGAUCUAUCAGAAGGUGGCCCCGUUCGUGCACGGGCUGGCAAGCGAUAUCUACGAGUUUGUGCUGAAACAGAAGGGAAACGAUUACUUCGGGCGCGAGCAGGUUGAGAAGGACGACCGACGGAAGUUCCUCGAGAACGCACAGUCGCUCGUGGACAUGACGUCGGACUUGAGGGCAGCCGCAGCGAAUGCGGAAGACUUCGAUUACCGCUCGGUGGAGGAGGAGGUUCAGAUCGUGAAGCGGUACUUCCUCAUCACCGUGCGGUUGAUCUUCAAGAACCUCGUGAAGGUGAUCGUGGACACCGUCGAGACGGCCAAGUGUGAUUUGAUCCUGCGCUCGAACCUGAGCUACGUGGCGAUGCUCUCGAACCUGGACUACAACGGGUUGGCCUCGUUGAACGAUGCGUUCAUCGCGAACUACACCGUCCGGGCGUUGCUGCUCGUGUGCGUCGAGUCGAAGUUUUCCUCCAUUCGAGCGCUCGCGUUACGAGCCUUGGCCACCGUCUGCUCGACGACGGAAACGAUCCGGCAGCUCGAACGUGCCGACGGGUUGGAAGUCCUCCGGGACAUUCUGGUGGUCGAUCAGAAGCAGCAGACAAAUGGUGGAAUCAAUGAGCGGACGGAACCGGAACUGAGGGAAACCGUUUCGGUGUUGACGCAAAUUACGGCACCCUGGCAUGGGGAGGACCACCGGCUGGAGGGUUUGAAGCAGCACGUACACUCCAUCGUUGAGGCGAUAACCGAGAUCAUCGAGCGGACGACCUGCUGUCAAACGCUGCUCCUGUGCUCGGCCUGCCUGAACAACAUGACGCGCAUCGAACCGACGGCGGUCUACUCGCUGAUGGCGCAGGAUACGGUUGCCAAGCUGAAGACGGCCACCGAACAGCGUGGUCCCGGCACGUCCAUCUUUCUCUACGAACAAUUCACCUCGAUGCUGUACAACAUGUCGGCCAACUGGAAGUGCCACCAUCAUCUCGCCAGCCGGCCGCUGGUCGCCUUCCUGGUGGCGCUCUUCAGCCAGAAGUUCUACGAGAAGCUCGCGAGCCGCACCGAGUCCGAGGCGCAGCGGAAAACGAUCAAGAACAUCCUGCACGUGCUGUCGCGGCUGAUGAGCGGCGGCUGUCUGGUGGCCAGCUCGCCCGCCACGCUCGAGCUGCUCGAGACGACGCUGGUGCCGGUGUUCGCCCGGAUCGAGCGCACGCUGGACGGUACCAGCGAACACUAUCGCGACAUCUCGUCCAUCAAUCGGUGGUUCAAUGAAAGUGUCACCUCGCGCCACGGUUCGUCGCCCACGGUAGUGGUUCCGGUUGGCGAGCUGGCGAAGGACAACCGACAGCCGGUCGCUCCCCACAUUACCCGGCUCACGGUGCGGCGCGAUCCGGUGAACGGGGCGGUCAUUACGCUGGAUAAGAACCGGCACGAAAGUUACGUCUAACAGCAACGCCGGGCCAGAAUCCUUUCUUCCAAAUCCAUGCGGCCCAUGGGAAGGUGUCUGACAGACGACCAGAACCGGAUUGAAUUAUUAUCUUGCAAGCCCCCGAAAUGAACAAGUUACGUGACGACGACCGUAGACGACGUCCAAAGGGCUUCGGAAUCGUACGGGACAGUGAAACCGACGGGAAGAAUCCCAUGUGCCAUAAGGUUCGUCGUUCGAACGCACGUACCGACGAACUAACGAACGAACGAACGGAACAAUAGGGGAAAGUUUACGUGGCAUGCCAUGUAUCCUUAGAGCGUUUGAGAAGGGAAAGGUACUGUGAAGACAUACGACGGAGGAACCAAUUCGUAGCCAUAGAAAUCAAGAUCUGUUCAUCUUUCGCAGGACACUUUCGUCCUAGAAGGCUUUGGAAAGAAGAUUUGUGAGAAUAGGAUGUGCGUGUAUUGUGUUGACGCACAUGGUGUAUGUAUGUAUGCUCUUGCGUUAGUCACCAGAGGAUCUAAUAUAUUCGUAGCUUAUGGUUGUAAUUUAUUUCCAAAAAGAAGCUGUUGUACGUGAAAAGGGCACAUGUUUAUUGUAAUAUAAAUGCGAACUGAAUAGAAAAGGAAAAUCGAAUGACAAAA